AUGGGAGCAAGUGUGCGUCAGAGUGUCAGAGUGUCAGCGCGGGGUCCGACGGAGCGACCAGUGACAAAUACGAUGAAGACCUCGAAUGUCUGCCUCCUGUCGCUACUGCUCCUUCUCGUUGUAAAUCGUAAUGAUGCAAAAUCCGAGGAGGACCGGAUCAUCGGAGGCCAGGAGGUAGUGAAGAACAGUAUCGGUUCCCAGGCCUCACUCCAGAUAUGGGGGCAACACUACUGUGGCGGGACGCUCGUUGAUGAAUGGUGGGUGGCCUCUGCUGCCCACUGCUGGAGACCAAUACAGAUCAUCACAGUGGUUCUGGGGGAACACAACCUGUUCGAGUCUGAGAGGACAGAGCAGACCUUCAGGGUCAGCCUCACCAUCAAGCACUUCAACUAUAACCCCAGGACCUUCGACAGCGACAUCAUGUUGAUCAAGUUGGAUCGUCCAGCUAAAUUGACCUAUGCGGUGUCUCUAGUCCCGCUCCCCCAGGGCGACCAACCUUUGUUGGAUGACACAAAGUGCGUGGUGUCGGGCUGGGGUGUGACGACAGUGUGGUCCUACAGUCUGUCCCCAGUGCUGCGCUCCGUGCAGAUCGAGUACAUCGAAAACUGCUGGUGGUACUACUACUUCAGAGUGACGCCCAACAUGAUGUGUGCGGGGACACGCUACGGCGGGAAGGACUCCUGCCAGGGCGACUCGGGAGGACCCCUCAUCUGUAACGGGACACUUCGGGGCAUUGUGUCGUGGGGCAUUGGCUGCGCCUGGUCUUACUACCCUGGAGUCUACACCAAAGUGGACAAGUUUAUGGAGUGGAUCAUACUGACAACAAACAUGGAAGGUGUGAACCGGCUCGAAGUGGGCCAGAGAACAGACGAGCCUGUGACUGAGGACGAGCUGAAGAAUUUGAUUUGUGAAGCAAAUAAAGUGAAGACCAACGCGUACUGUCCAUACAGCCAGUUCAGAGUGGGCGCCGCUCUGCUGACCACAGACAACCAGCUGUUCACAGGUUGUAACGUGGAGAAUGCGUGUUAUAAUCUGGGAAUCUGUGCGGAGAGGAAUGCCAUGUCAAAGGCCGUGUCCGAGGGCUGCCGCUCCUUCAGAGCCGUCGUUAUCUCCAGUGACCUGAGCGAACAGUUCAUCUCUCCGUGUGGCGGCUGUCGACAGUUCAUGAGAGAGUUUGGCGCAGACUGGGAGGUGUUCCUGACCAAAACAGACGGUUCAUACCUGAGAAUGACUGUGGAGGAGCUGCUGCCGGUUUCCUUUGGCCCCGAGGAUCUGUGCAUGAACAAACUGCAGCUCCAGAACGGCCAUUGA